AUGAAGAGCUCGGAAUAUGUGAACGUCGUUUCUUCAACUGUUAAGUCAACAUCAACCAAAUGUGGCGAUCUGACAUCGUGGCUUAAAAAAGCGGACAAAGUGUUGGUGAAGAAAACAGAAUCCAGCAAUGCCGUUGAUGAGAACAAUGCUUCAGUUGCGGUGAAAACCGAUGCACUCUCAGCACCGAAAGAUUCAGCAGAGUAUUUGCGAAGCCUUCUUGAAGAUGUUAGCUGGCGACGAGUGCUAAUUUUUGAGUUCCGUAAAGAAUACAUGGAUAAAAUCCUUCUAAAAGUUGCGCUAAAUUUCCAGGCGCAUGGAUUAUGCUUUUCGGUUUGCAAGGGUGUGAAGCCUCCACCUUCACUUAUGAACAUCUACAAAGAGUUGAAAACUGACAUUCCAAAUUUCAAGGCACCGAAUCAUGGUUGUCUUGAGUCCUGGGCUCGUCAAGGUGUCUUCAUGUUAAAUGCUACGCUGACCGUCGAGAAUACACCUAGAGCGCAUCGGGCGAAUUCACAUAGUCACAUUGGUUGGCAAAAAUUCACGGAUGAGGUGAUUCGCAUCAUAUCACGCGAUUGUAAAGGCGUUGUGUUUCUGCUUUGGGGUGGAUUCGCUCAUAAGAAGGAAUAUCUCGUGGACCGAAAGAAACACAUUGUCAUAAAAACAGCGCAUCCAUCACCGUUAAGCUCACGUUUGUUCUUCGGUUGCAAAUGUUUUUCUCGAACCAACGUAGCACUCAUAAAGCUUGGCCAGCCUGCUAUCGAUUGGGCUGCUUUCUGA